AUGGGUUCCUUCUGCGGCAAGCAGUCGAGGGACGACAACUUCAGCGGGCCAGGCCGGCGACUCGACUCCCCCCCGCCCGAGAGAGCCACCGCGCCGCUGCCCAGCAACAAGCGUGUGGUCGGCGGGGCCCCUCGGACGCUGGGUGGCUCAUCGACCGCAGGUGCCGGAGAUGCGAGAAGGGCCGCUGCCGACGCUGCCGAGGCAAGGGCGAGAGCUGCAGAAGACAGGGCCACCGGCAAGUUGGGCAGCCAGCUGCAGCAGCAGAAGAAGCAGACCAUGAAUGAGACCAUGAAGCAGGCCGCACAGGAGGAGGCGCGGCGGAGGGAGAUUGAGGCGUCGGAUGCACAACGGAAUUACAACUGA